AUGGCCCCGCGCGACAAGGACCCAGAGUACUCCCCCGCCUCCCUCCCGGAGGACCACAGGCUAGUCAAGCUCGGCCCCCCGCAGGGCUCGGGCAACUUUACCUGCACCGACACGGACGGCGUCGAGCGGCUCGUCGAGAUGCCCGGCAAGGUGCGGCGCGUGAGCUAUGCUGCGCGGGGAUCCUUCGCGUUCAUCAAGCUCUUCCCCGAGUCGGACGCGCGGCUGGCCGGCGAGAUCGUGCACGUCGUCCAGGGCACCGAGAUCAAGGCGUGGAGACGGGCAGGCGAGUGGCCCGCAGCCUUCGAUGUCGAGACUACGCCUGCCGAGGCGCCGGCACCCGCCGCCGACAGCGACGACGACGACGAGCCCCUGCCCGAGAACCCCAACAGGCGGCACAUCAUCGUCGACGAGUCCGACUCGGAGGAGGACAGCGACGACGAGUAG